CUCCGCGAAUUCGACUCCCUAAAAUAUUAGUCCGCGCAACGGACGGGCUACAGCGAACGCCGGAAGCUUGUUAUGAUUGAUGGGGUGAUUCAGCAGCGACUGUUCUCGUAUUGUAGAAACCACCUCCCAGAUUGCAUCUCCUAAAUAGCACCUCCAGAAUAGCACCUCCUAGAUUUCUCCCUUGCCUGCCGCUCAGCGCGCAAUGGACGCGCUACAGCGUCUCCUGCCGCCUUUCCUAAUCGACGAGAUCGAAACUCAUCUCUCCUCUCGCCGUGCCUUCGCGGCUUUCGCGGCCGUCGAGAGGUGCAUUCUCGAGGACCGCUCGCACCGGCGAGUAUUCGACAAGCUGGUAGCUCCGCUCGCUGACAGGAAUGGCCCGUGCGCCAAGGAGGGGCGGCUGCAAGGGAGGCCAAAGACGCGGGAAGCCGUGCAUUCGCGGAUCAAGAUUUCGCUGAGGCUGCAGCCUGCUACAGCAAGGCCCUCCGGUAUGCUCCCCUGGCAUCACCUGACCUGCUGGCAGUGCUCUUCACCAAUCGUGCCACGUGUCUGCACAAAAUGGGCCAGCUGAUGCAAGCUGAGGAAGAUUGCUCCCAUGCCAUUCACCUCUCUCCAGCUUAU